AUGAGUAUCUUCGAUCAACCAUUCAACAAAACAGAGAGCUGUUUCGGCUUUUAUAAUGGUGCGCCAGUCCCAAGCAAUAGACCUGUCCCAAGAAAUAGACCUGCCCAUGCCGAUGGUUUGACCGAAGAAGUCAAACACGAUAUACAAGAAAUAGACGAAAUUCUUUCCGAGGCCUUGACGAAGCUUACCUUUGAAGAAAGAGAAGAACAUCAGGAGGUUAUUCAUGGUGUAAAAGACACGACCGUCGAUGAUGAAGCUAUCUUGGAACCCGCUCUGCAAGACCUAGAAAGCCAUAUUGAAAACAUGAAGAGCGAUAGUGUUUAUGAAAUGGCCGAAAGCAUCGAUCCUGCAUAUGUCAGUGCCAGACCCUUUCGGGCCAUGUUUCUGAGGGCAAAAGAAUACGACGCCAAAGCUGCAGCGGAACAGAUGCUGCUCUUCUUCGAGUCGAAACAUCAGCUAUUCGGAAUAGACAAGCUAGUCAAGGACAUUACAAUCGCAGACCUGGAUGACGAUGACAUUGCUUGCCUCAACCAUUCAAACCUGCAGCUUGGGGGUAGAGACCGAUCGGGUCGACAGGUUUUGAUAAACAUUGCGAGUCUCACUGAAGCCCUGGGGUCUGAAAAAACUAAGAAGAACCUUUUGCGGGCACAAUACUAUGUGAUUAUGAAAGCAUUGCAAUCAAAAGAGACUCAAAUUCGAGGAACAGUCUCAGUAUUGUACGGUAUUGGGAAUCUAAAGGCAAAAUCGAACAAAGGAUGGUCUGAGGGUACCAAGCAUAAUAGGGCUCUACCGCAGAAGAGAGCAGCAAUUCAUCUUUGUAUCGAUGACAUGAAACAAUAUGCGCUAUGUCUCGUUUUGGUUAAGCUUAUAUCCGCCCCUAGCGUAAAGGCAAAAAUUAGAUUGCAUUUUGGCUCAGUGAUUGAAUGCAAAUACAAAUUGUCCACUUUUGGUAUUUUGUCGGAGUCAAUACCACUAGAUGCCAGUGGAAACAUCAAUCUAGACCGACAGCUGCACUGGGUCCAAUUCUGUGCAAGGGAAGAACAGCCCGAUCGACACAUUCUACCAUCAGAUCGAGCAUUGGAUACUUCUACGAUCUCGCCCGGUCAAAAUGACGUCCUUUUCACUGGUGGCAAAGUGAUCAGCCACGGUGGAAACGAGCGCUAUCGAAGACUCAUUUUUUAUUUUAGCCAAGCUUACGAUACUGGUACCGACGAAGUGAAGAGGCAGAUUGUCGGUGAAAUCAUUGAAAAGGUUCGCGAGGAUGGAGGUUGCUUUCUGAAAGAGAAAGGCAAGGGUCCAAAUAAGUCUUGGGAGGAAGUUCCAAUCGAAAUCUUGCGGAAAAAGAUUAUGCAAGCUUUCCGCAAUCGUCGUCGCCGGCAAGAUGUUUCUAAAGAGACAUCUAUUUUGAUAGCAGGCGAGCCACUUCCCCGAGACGUGAUCUUUGGUAGAGCUAGAAAAAAUCCCGGCAGCGAGUUGUUACAACGUCUCAUAAAGGAUAAUUCACAGGAAUACGAAUCUUUGAGUCGCGGUGUGAAGAUGCGACAUGUGGAAAGCAUAAUGCAAACUCUAAAAGAUCAAGGGGGUCGUUUUCUCGAGGAAGCAGCCGAAAAAGGUAGAUGGGUUGAACUGCCGAAUGACACUGCAAGGGAGCGUAUAUCUACAUACUUUCGAAACUACCGAAGGCGGUCGUCCAAAGUGCAAGCUAAGAUUUAG